AUGGCCCAGGUCCCCAGCAAAGCCCAAGCAGAGGCCUUGGCCUUCCUGCUGAGCCUGAGAAAGGAGCAGGUGCACAGCCACUUACUGGAGAGGACCGCUGAACAGAAGACUGAAGAAAACAAUGGAUUGACCGGAAUCUGUGCCCACCUCAUUUCCAAGACAGAAGAUGUGACGUCCCUGUCCAGCUGCGCAGUGGCCGCGCCGAGCUGUGGUGCCGGGGGCGUUGCGCUACGGGCCCGCGUUCUCCGCGGUGCUGUCCAGCCGCCGCGAAGCCCCCGGCGUCAGCGCUCCCAGUCCUCUUCCCGCCCGCCAGCCGCUGUCCGACCCCCCCGCUGGGGGCUGUGCAGCGGCUCGCACACCCCUCGGCGCGUGUACGCGCUCUGCACCUGGCUGCCGGAAAACGUGUUGCAGAAACACGAGAGCGCGAAUCUCCCCAUCUCUCAGGCUGAGGGGUAGAAGGAUGGCGGUCAUGACGGUGCGACCCUGACCGCCUCGCAGGAGGAGGCCCCGAGCCCCCUGCUGCAGGACAGCCCCAAGGAGGACCUUGGCGCCACGAGGGAGAAGGGGGCCGUGGAGCCCGCCCUCACCCCGAAAGGGGGCCGGAGCAGGCCCCACCGCCGUCUGGAUCGGACGGUGGCGGAGUGGGUGCAGUGGCUGCUGGUGAAGGACAAAAAGAAGAGUCCCAUCACUCGCUCCGAGAUGGUGAAAUACGUUGUCGGUGACUUGAAAUCUCUGUUCCCUGAGAUCGUCGCUAGGGCCACAGAAUAUCUGCGGUGUGCCUUUGGUUUCUAGCUGAAGCUUGGCCGCAAGUACCACACUCACAUCCUGACCAACAAACCAAAACCUGAGGAGGAGGAGGAUCUGGGAGGGUCCUUGUUAAUGAUGAUCUUGGGCCUUAUUUACCUGAAAGGUAAUAGCGCCAGGGAGGCCCAGGUCUGGGAGAUGCUGCGUUGGUUGGGGGUAUGUCCCUCAAAGUACCACUUCCUCUUUGGGUACCCGAAGAGGCUUAUGAUGGAAGAUUUCGUGCAGCAGCGAUACCGCAAUUACAGGCGAGUGCCUCACACCAAUCCACCGGAAUGUGAAUUCUCUUGAGGUCCCCGAAGCAACCUAGACACCAGCAAGAUGCAAGUCCUGGGGUUCGUGGCCAAACUCCAUUAUAAGAAAGAACCCCAGCACUAGCCAGUGCAGUGCCGUGGGGCCCUGGCAGAUGAGGCUGACGGCCAGGGCUGAGGGCUAGAGGCAGGGUCAGGGCCAAGGCUAGGGCUCUGGUGAGAGCUGAUGAAAAGGUGGUCGGCCCAAGGCGGGGUAUGGAAGCUACUUUUGAGUCCUAAAUAGUGUAGGUGGGGGAGGGUUGUUAUUUCUUGAGUUGUAUUGUGUAACUAGGAUUUAAGUUUUGUAUUUUGCUAUAUUUCAUACAUUGUUAAAUUGAUGUUUAUAAAUGAGAUUGCUCUACUUUUUCUUGUAGGAUUUUGUAGAGUUUUGCAGGUUUUGUAAAAAUGGUUUGAAAAACUUUGUAUUUUAUUCUGUGAUCUUGAACAAAUUAUGCAGCAUUGUACUACUGUACUUUCAUGGUUUGAAGGAACUCUGCAGUCUGAUGAUCUGGUACCAGGAAAAAAAUAGCUGAUUGGGGUCUAGCUUCCCAACACUUUUUGUCUAUUGUAUAAAGCAAAAAGACUGACAUGUACCUCUAUUUGCUUAGCUAUUAUAGUAUCUAGAGAAAAAAAUGCAAUAAAUUAGAAGUAUACACUGGCACACUAAAUAAACAUUUGCUGA